ACGAUAGAAAUGGACAAUGGAAGCAAAAGAGCUCCCAACUGGACAGAAGCAGAGAAAAGUUACUGCCUCGAGCUGAUAUCAGUCGAGUCCGAUGUACUGUUCGGAACAUUUCGAGGGGCCACACAAGGUGGCAAGCUAAAAAAAACAGCCUGGGAAGGCGUUUGUAAAAAGCUUAAUGCCUCUGGUCUGGUUACGAACAUGAGGAGUGUUGACGAGAUUAAGACGAUGUGGAGAAACGCAAAAGGAAGAGUAAAAGAAAAGGUAGAUAAAAGUAAAAUGACUGGUGCUGGUGUGAUUGAGCCCCUAACAGCAUGCGAAGAGUUCGUUAGCAACCACAUGUACGCUAACAAUCAGUGCCAGUUGCUAGGGAUUCCCGGAGGAUCAGAAACAGCCACUUAUGUUGCACAGUCAUUACCAAGCGGCCAAGAGAUUACUAGAGACGAUGGUCUGAUCGUGCUACACCUUGACGACAACAUGAACAUGUAA